CUUCUAGUUAGUUGGUAGAGUAUUGUGAUCGUGACAACAAGUGUAACAUGACAAAAUUAAUAGUGCUAAUCAUAGUUACUUUUUGGGUUUAUUUUAUAAGAAGCGAAGUGGUGAAGCGAUCAUCAUGCCCGGCGAACGAGAUGCAAGUCGAAUGCGCGCACUGCGGUCCUAAACGAUGCGAGGAGCUAGGCGAGCCGGUGCCGUGUGCGGGUGGCACCGCGCUGUGCCGGCCGGAAUGCGUCUGCAUCGACGGCUCCGUCCGGGCCGGGAACGGCUCGUGUAUAGUCAAGACCGAAUGCCCCAGCUGCGGCGGUGACAGAAACGCCACCUCCGGCUGUGGGAACCACUGCGGCAACUCCUGCUCAGACUACAAGGAAGUCAACAAGACCUGCCUGACUGGUUGCCGGUACAACAGCUGUGACUGCAGAAAAGGAUAUGUCUACCAUGACAGCCUGAAGAAAUGCGUGCUGCCUGUUGAUUGUUGAAGAGACUGAACACAAGAAGACGAUUCCCAGAAAUUUGGACCUUAAAUGGAAAUAUCAAAGAAUGUCAACGUUGUUUCUUAUAAGGUAUCUUAAUUUUAUAAAAACACAAUAGCUUUUUUAUUUAAAUUUGUUGGUGCGUGGCGUGUCAGUGAUUUAUUUUUGUACGAGGUUUGUCCUUAAGUUAUAAUAUCAGCCAAAGUCACUGCUGGACAGAGCAUGGUAUCCUUACCAGCUUAGGAGCUACAGUUUAGUAGUUAAUUAUUAUCAUUAAGAAUUGUGUAGCUAACACCAUCAACAAAACAUUGUUUUUCAAGACGAAGUGUUUACUUUAAAGAAGAAGUCUCGUUUUCAAUUUGCUUUAAACUUUUAGUAGCUUUAAAAUCAGUAAGUCAAUACUUGCUCAAUUUAGUUUAAUAACUAGUGAAAUGACAUUAAAGGUCAUGGUAGAGUCCCAUUCUGGCAGCAGUAUCAAAAAAGAUCAGCUAAAACAAACAAAGUAA